AUAUCAUCUUGUUGCUGCAGAUUUCUCAAAUAAAGAAAAUUUAAAAGAAAAACUGGAAGAAAGCGAGGUUGAUUACCAGUGUCCAACUCUAGUGAUGGCGGAGUGUGCACUUGUGUACGCAGACAGUGCUAAGGUUGAUCAAAUGCUUGAGUUUCUCUCCUCAUCCUUCUCUAGUAUUGCAUUCAUCAACUACGAACAGUUGAAUAUGAACGACAGGUUUGGUUCCGUAAUGCUUGAGAAUCUAAUGUCACGUGGUUGUCAGCUGUCCGGUGUAUCUGCCUGUAAAGAUUCCAGUGCACAAAUAUCUAGGUUUACAAGAGCAGGAUGGGGUACUGCAACAUGUUGGAAUAUGAACGAAGUGUACAGUUUACUCCCGCAGCAAGAUAUACAGAGAGUCGAGAGAAUUGAGUUCUUGGAUGAAAAGGAGCUGCUACAACAACUAUUCCACCAUUACUGUAUCACCGUUGCAAGAAAGAAUUCACCGAACUUUAAUUUCGAUUCAAUUAACUUUGACUAGAUGUCGUAUUUGAAGUGUUUUUCGAAAUGAAAGUCUUAAAUGUCAACAAAGCAUAUGUCGAGUAAAAACAUUAAAUCGAAGGAAAUUAAGAAAUUGAACUUAAAAUAUUUAUGGAAGAAAUACACUAUUCUCCAAAUAUUUAAGGUCCCUUAAUAUUUUUGAAAAUAUGUUGACAUUAAGUCAUUGGAAAAGAAUAUUUGCUAGUCUCAUUCACAAAUGUCAUCACUCAUAGAGCACUGGACUAAUAAAACUUUGCUAAAAUUUGUCGUUAAUUUUCCUCAUAACCUCAUUUAAUAUAGAGGUUUAACUUUUAUAAACGGAUAAUUAAGCUUGCAAUUUGUUAGCGUUGUGUGACUUUUAAAUAAUCUAGGUUUGACCAUUCACGCUGCAUUUCAACAAUUCUGCAAGGCACAAAAUUUCUAGAGGUUUCUUUAGAAAGCUUAGACUGGCCAUUGCGAAAUCGUCACUUACUAUAUUUUCGAAGAUUUUUGAACAUCUGUAAACGUUUUAUUUAUCCCAUAUCCAAUACCCUUACUUGUACCUUUCAGCUUUGAAAGUUAACUACGCUUGUUAAAUGUAACCAAAUAAUAAUAUUCCUAAAUCUCAGUCUAUAUAUUUGUAACACUGCACAGUCUCAGUCAAGUAUUUGAAAUAUAUGUUCAAAAUA